UGAUCCGCGCCGGAAGUGCAUUUCUGGUCUCCCGGGCAACAGCCCCUCCCGCCCGCGCCCCUUCGGUCUCCUCACAGGAAAUAGGUCCAUGUUCGCCCACCGCCCGAGAUCAGCAAGCUGCGAGCCCACGAGCUCCACCAUCCCCUUAGGAGAAAAGCUGCUGUUCAGUCCAGGAAGACGUGUGCCAUAAGAGAGUAGGAGACACUCCCAAAGAGAUUCAGUGCCCAUUUGGUCUUCCACCAUCACAGAUGGCAGCAAUGGCGGCAGCCUGGAAAACUACGCAGCCUUGGUCUUCUCAUCCCGUAUACACAAGAUACUGGCGACACUACCAUCAGGCGAUGGCCUGGAUGCGAAGCCACCAUAAUGCCUACAGGAAGGCCGUGGAGUCUUACCUCACCGGCCCGCGGUUCUUCCCUCCUGCGUCUCUCCCCAGAAGCUCUUACGCUGACAAGGCCGGGUCUCCUUGGCCCUCUCGUGACCGCCCCCCGGCCCCCCCGGACUCGCGCCGCAGCCACUCACAUACUAGAAGGUCCGGGCAGCGUCCGCGGGCCUGCGCGACAGAAAAGCGGGCUCGGCCCGCAGAGGAGGAGGCGGACAGCGAGUCGGACGGGGGCGUGGAGUGCGACCUGAGCAACAUGGAGAUCACCGAGGAGCUGCGCCAGUACUUCGCAGAGACCGAGCGGCACCGGGAGGAGCGACGGCGGCAGCAGCAGCUGGACGCCCAGCGCCUGGACGACUACGUGAACGCGGACCAUGGCCUGUACUACGGCACCCGGCGCUCGGUGGAGCCCCCCUCCGAGAGGCCCGGCGAGCGGCGCCAGGCCGAGAUGAAGCGCCUGUACGGGGACAGCGCCGCCAAGAUCCAGGCCAUGGAGGCCGCCGUGCAGCUGAGCUUCGACAAGCACUGUGACAGGAAGCAGCCCAAAUACUGGCCGGUCAUUCCGCUCAAGUUCUGAGCCCGGGGCGCAGUGUGCCCAGCCAUCACCCCCUUCCCCUCCCGCGCAUCUUCUCAGGGAAAUGUCUCUCAGCCCGAGAAAAAGGCAUGUUCACCAAAGUCCCAGGGGGCCCACCACAGGGGUAACUCGUCGGCCGCUUGAGGUCGGCGAGACGGAUACCGUCACCAACAUGAAAGAUUUUCUUUUGGCCUAAAGUGAUGAUUUCAUGUAGAUUAUACUUGGUUUUGAGGUUAAUAUUCGGUUCAUUAAAGUCCUCUUUUUGCCACUGC